ACGAGGCGAUGGUGCAAACGUCUCACGGUGUUGACAUUGCCGUGGUUCUCUUUGAGCGAGGCUAUCCAGAGGCGCAAAUAGCUGAAGCGAUCAAAGCGUGUUCAUCCCUCGAGGAGGCUGCUCUUUUCCUGAACUCCGAGACGCCGAAGGUGGCCUCUAUGCAUCCUACGGAGAGGCCGCGGCGACGUGCCCAUGGAAAGACAGCACCGGCUGCAGUCAUCUCUCCCGUUGAAGAGAUGUCUUUGACGGUCGGUCACUCCGCUUUACUGCAGCGCGUUCUGGAGAGACCCAAGGGGAAGUCAGAGGACUUAAGUGGAUCAGCUGCGCCCUCGUCCUCCGAAACGGCGGACGGAACGGCCGAGUCAGGUGACCACGAGCUGAGCGUAGCGGCUUCACCUGUGGGAUCCAGGAGACGUGCUGAAUCGCCACAAGAGGCCAUUGAUCUACCACAAGGGCCAUGGCCUGUGCGGCCGCCGCGGCCUGUGCGGGCCAUUGAGCACAAUGAGCAAGGAAUGCAGUGGUGGAAAGAGGCAGCCUCCCGGUGGCCACGGAUCUAUGAAAAUUUGAGGCUCGAGGCAUAUCUGAACAUCGUGCAGCCAGUGUGCCCCGAGGUGGCGGAAUACUUGGUUCGCCUCAGGAAGAAGGGUUCGCUGUCCACACCCAGAAAGCGAGCAGCGUCGGAGGGCCGAAUGGUGGCCAACAAGAAAGUCUGCCAGGGCUCGCCAGAGCUGCCCUUGUAGCUGUUGGCUCAAAGAGCCUUUGCACAUGGUGGAGUCAAAAUGAAUCCAAUUGUUGAGGUUUCAUGACGUCUGCGCGACCUGCCAUGGUGGCUGCGCUGGUGCAUGACCCUAUGUACCAUGACCGAGCCUGAGCUCUCUCCAUCCACCCAAGCCUCAGGAGCUUCAGGGUCACGAGAAGAGCUGGAUGAGUUAAGGCACGUGAAUCUGGAUGAUGGACCCUUCGACGUCUCCUCGAUUGAUCUGAGUGACCAUGAGGACGGUGUCCAAACCCAAGUGAAGGUCUUCACAGAUGACUUCAUUCAUCCACAGGAUUGUUUGCCAAAUGGCGAUGUGAAACCCAGACGACCCAUUCCAGUGAUCCGCGAAUCGGAACUCCUCAGAGACUUGCAACGAGUUGGGGAUCAUUGGAUUCUUCCAGGGCCCCUGAACGGAUGGCCCAGUUUGGUGAACCUGGAACUACGCAGCAUCGAUCAGAAGCAAAGUGGACCUCUAGGACUUUUUCUGGGGAUGAAAUGCCUGUGGAACUGCCACGAUCGCCGGGAACUCCCAGAGGCGCUGCCCGAGACCUGCGAGGCUACCUUUCUCUCGCCCAGCUGGAAGAAGAAGGGCUGGUCCAAGCGGUCACCUGGUUUCGUGUGGUGGUUCAGCCCCUCUGCCCUCUGUGGUGGCAGCGUGGGGUGUGGGGUGGUCUUUGGGGAAAAUCUCGUGGAGGUGCUGCAAGGAGCAGAGGGACAGGCGCAAAAAGUGCACUACUUGGUUCACCGCUAUCCUGUGGACCGCGUCGAGACCUUGAGGGACGUGCAGACCUGGCAUGCAGCGGUCGUGAUCGAAUGGUCGCAUGAAAAGUUUGUGACCUUGUUCGAACUCUCCUGGCUCAAUGGCAUCGGCGGCUAUGGAGGCAAGAGCAAUUGGGUGGAAGACAAGUUGUCCCCCAGCCCAGAACUCUACCAGUCCAUGGCUCCAUCAAUGAGGGCCUCAUGGGACGAGAACCAUUCGGAGGUAAGGUGUUUCGAUGUGCCGGUGGCUGGGAAGGAGGAACUCCUGCAGUUUUUGGAGAGGUACAGCGACACCGGGCCGUUGCCCAAGACGCAGUGGCGCUUCGUUGCGCCCCAGAUCUACCUUUCGGCGGAGGUGCGGGUCCGUUUCCGCAGCCCUGCGCACAUCGCGGGCUACUUGCUGAACUAUAUCAGCCGAGCAUCGGAAUACGACACUCUGAGGGCGAACUGCCAAACCUUCG